AUGGCCUUCUCAUCUGCAGUCUCCAUCUCCAUUGACACCCCUGUUCUGAUCGAGCAGCACCUGAACUGCUCAAUCUGUCUGGGCCUGUUUAAGGACCCUGUCACCACACCCUGUGGCCACACGUUCUGCCAGUCCUGCAUGGAAUGCAACCUCCACUUCAACGACCUCAUAUGCCCUGUCUGCAAGAAGCAUCUGAGGAGGAACCCACAGGUGAACAUCAUCCUCAGUACCCUCAUUCAGGAGUUGAAGAAGGCCCAGGAGAGGAAGCCAGGGGAGUAUUCUGGAGCUCCAGGUGAGGUGGCCUGUGACAUCUGCACCGAGAGGAAGCUCAAGGCCCAUAAAUCCUGUCUGGUGUGUCUGGCCUCGUACUGCGAGACUCACCUGGGCCCCCACACCUCAGCAGGCAGGCUGAAGGGCCACAGGCUGGUGGCCCCUGUGGAGGACCUGGAUGGGAGGGCGUGUCUGACCCACGGUCGUCCCCUUGAGCUGUACAGCAGGGCAGAGGGGCGCUGUGUCUGUGCCCUCUGCGUGGAGGAGGGUCACGAGGUCAUCUCCGUGGAAACGGAGUGGGACAGGAAGAAGGCUAACCUGGGGAGCACCAAGGCUGAUAUGCAGGAGAGGAUCCUGAAGAGGGAGACAAAGCUGGAGGAGAUCAGGGUGUCUGUGGAGCAGUGCAAGGCCCACGUGGACAGGGAGAGGAGGGAGAUUGACUCUGUGUUCAAAGCAGUGAUGGCAGCUGUAGAGGAGACCCAGCGAGAGGCUCUCAGGCCCCUGGAGGAGAGGCAGCAGGAGUUGGAGAGAGAGGCAGGAGAACUCACCCAGGAGCUGUGGAGAGAGAUCAGAGAACUGAGAGAAACCAUUGGUCAACUGGAGGAUGUUGCUGACCUGGAAGAUCACAUCGACUUCCUGCAGACUUUCCCGUCCCUGUCGGGGCUGGGUGAUGGUAGAGACUGGACUGAGGUCUCCGUUGAUACUACACUCUCCUUUGGCACCAUGAGAAGCAGCUGGUCGACCAUGAUGGAGAGAAUCAAGCAGGAGCUGGAGAAGCUCUCCUCAGUUGUUGAUGUGACACUGGACCCGGACACAGCGAACACACAGCUGAUUCUAUCUGAGGACGGGAAAGAGGUGAGAGAUGGAGGGAAGAUACAGGACCUCCCUGACUGUCCGGAUCGCUUUGAUCACUUCGGCAGCGUCCUAGGGCACAACAAGCUAACCUCUGGGAGAUCAUACUGGGAGGUGGACGUCGGGAACAAGACGGGUUGGGAUCUGGGAAUAGCAAGAGGAGAUGCCAACAGGAAGGGGAAACUCUCUGUGAGUCCUACUAACGGUUACUGGGUUAUAGUGAAUUAUAAUGGGGCCCAAUUCGGAGCCUUGGGGGACCCCCCUUUUCUGUUGUCACUGAGAGAAAAGCCCCAGAAGGUGGGGGUGUUUGUGGAUUAUGAGGAGGGCUUGGUGUCAUUUUAUGAUGUGGAGGCUAAGGCUCACAUAUAUUCUUUCACUGGGUAUUCCUUUAUUGGGGAAAUGUAUCCAUAUCUCAGCCCACAUCUUCUGAAUGGGGAGGAGAACUCAGACCCACUGGUCAUCACUAAAACAAGGUGA